AUGGCGGCCAGCACGGACAACGAAGAAGACUCGGAGAUGGCGAGCAGCAGCAGCGAGACCAGCACCAGCUCCUGGUCCUCAGAGGCGGGCGACAGCCCGCGCCCCGCCGCCGCCAGCCCCGCUAGCCCCGCCACCCGCCGCGUCCCGCCUCUGUCCCUGCGCGCCGAUCUGGCGGCACUGUCGCGAGGAGAUGCCGCCCCCGACACACCUGGCACGGCCAGGCAGCUGGGCGUGCCGGCAGCAGUACCAGCAGGGCUGCCCCCGGGUCCUGCGCCGCGGCAGGCACCCAGCCUGGUGCACGUGCCGCCGUUGACGCUGGCCGUGCCAGCUUCCCAUCCACAGCUGCAGCCAUCCUGCCAGGCGGCGGCGCUGCUGUCCCUGGACAUCCUGUCGCCGGCCUUCAGCCUGCGGGAGCAGCAACAGGCUGCUGGCGGCAGCGAUUGCGACCAGCUGGCGCUCAGCUGCGCCGGCAGGCUGGGCGUGCCGCUGGAGCGCCUCAGGUUUUUCGCGCUCACACAGGUGGCAGGGCUGCAGGAACUGCCGCCUGGCUGCUCACGUGUGGCACUGGAAGUGCUGGACUCGCGUUUCUCCCUGUCAGCGCUUGAGGAGCUGGUGGCAGAGAAUCAGCGCCUGGCGGUGGCGGGUCAGUCGAUUCGGGGCCAGCAGCAGCAGCCGUCCGAGAUACAUCAACUGGAGGCGCUGAUGCAGAAGCUGCAACUGGAGAACAGCAUGCUGCACCAGCAGCUGGACCGGUCCGAGGCGCUGCGACGCAAGGGAGCUCAAGCGUUGCAGGAGCUGCAGCAGGGCGUGAGGCAUGUGCGGGAGGCGGGCCCCUCCCAUAGCAAGCUCCGCUUGACGCCUGCAAUCCAGCAGCUUCCACCCCAGUUGGCUCUGGGGCAGGUGCAGGGCACCUUCACAAGUGAAGAUCGCUACCGAGAGCUGGUAGCAGCGGCGCAGCUGGCCACACGGCGCGCGCUGCAGGCACAGGAGCGGGAGCUUUACUUUGUGCAACAGGCGCACACGGCGUUGGAGCAUGGACAGCCGCAGCGGGUGCAACUGCUCGAAGCAGAGGCGCAGAAGGAAGGCCCACCCAGCGAGGUGCUCGUAGACCACGCGCGCAGCUCCAUUCAGGUGACCCGCAAGGACAUGGCCUGUAUGGCGCCAAUGCAAUGGCUGAACGACGAGGUCAUCAACCUCUACAUUUCGCUACUGCUGGAGCGCGAUGCUGCCUGGCGCAAGCAGGGAACGGGGCCGCGCUGCCACUUUUUUAGCACCUUCUUUGCCAAUAAGCUCUACAAGGACAUUGGCUACAACUAUGACCAAGUACGGCGCUGGACGCUGCCCAAGCGGCUUGCGGCAGCAGGUCAGACCAGCGAGAGCAUCCUGGACUGCGACCGCAUUGUGGUGCCGGUGCACCAGGGCGUGCACUGGGUGUGCGCCGUUAUCGAUUUGCAGAACCAGAAGCUGGUUUACUACGAUUCGCUGAAGGGAGAGGACCACAAAUGCUUACAGCAGCUGGCGCUGUACCUGCGAGACGAAUUCCGCAACAAGCGCAAUCUGCAGCGUGACGACGUGCUCGAUUGGCCGCGCGAGUUCCCAAAGCGCAUUCCGCAACAGUUCAAUGGCUGCGACUGCGGCGUCUUCACGCUGCUGUUUGCAAAUUAUGUGGGUCGCGCCGCGCCAUUGGACUUCACCCAGGCCCACAUCGACAACUUUAGGCCGCACGCAGCCGAGGGCGUCACCGAGCGCGAUUUCGAUUUCGAGGCGGCCUUCGAGGCGGCCUUCCAGCGCCUGGCGGGUACCCCCUGCAAGGUGGAGCGGAUUAUGCUGGUGGGCCUUCAGCGCACCAAGGCGGGCGUGGUGCAGGCGGAGCUGCUGCGGGUCAAGGGGGCGCGCACCCUGGAGGAGAUAAGGGACGCGGCGCUGGAGGCGUACGAGAGCCUGAUGGCGCUGGACGUGUUUGACGGCGUCGACCUGGUGGUCGCCGAGGGGGCCAACAAAUCGGGCGAUACCUGCACAGUCGUGGCGCGUUUCCAGGAGAAGGGCAUGGUGCGGCUGCAUGCGGGUACAUAUGUGCAAGGCACAGAAGGGUCUGUGGAGACAUCUCUUAAUUUGACCAACCCGCUUGGGUACGCGGAGCACGUCAGCCUGGGUGUUGAGCAUGGCAGCCAGGCGACUAACAUCUACACGUUGGCCCUCACCAAGCCCAAGCCCUGGGGCCGGUCGUUGCUUCUUGAUGCGCGUCUGCACCAGCUGGGGCACAAUUACCAAGGCUGGUCGAGCUAUGUGGAACUGGUGCGCGGUGGUGCCCUGACGCUCAGCAGCGAAGAUGGAUGCCACGCGCUGUCAUACGAGUUGGGCUGGCGUCAGCUGGCAGAUCCUGCUCGCACUGCCUCACGUGCCGUGCUGGGCCAGCUGGGCGACAAGGUGCUGUCGGCAGUCAAGUAUGUGGCGCGGGGCGAUACCUUUGACAACCCCGCUUUCCCCACGCAAGGCUGGGGCUACCGUUGCGAGUUACAGAUGGCAGGGUUAGGGCCGGACACCAACCUCCUGCACUUUGUGCGGCAGCACUGCAUGGGCAAAGUGGCGUUUCCUAUGUCGGCAUCAGGUGGCGCGGCGCUGACGGUCGCAGCAGAGGCGGGGCUGCUGCUGCCCUGGGGAGCACGCGCCUGGGACACCCCAACCUGCAUCAGCGACAGGUUCUUCCUGGGCGGCCUGGGUGGCGGUGCGUUGCGUGGCUUUGCACAAAAGGGUGUUGGACCCAGCGAGCCACGGCGGCCAGCUGGCGAGGCAGGCAACACCAAUCAGCAGUCACCGAGGGUGCCUCCUCGGCGGGAUGCGCUGGGUGGUGACCUCUUCUGCUCCCUCAUGGCUGCCCUAAACUUUCAGCUCCCCUUCGAGGCCAUGCAAGCUGCUGGUAUCCACGGCCACCUGUUCCUCAACGGUGGCAACUUGGUGGCAUUGAGCGGCAUCGGGCGUAGCUUGCAGAGCGCAUGGCGCGACUUCACCACGACCUUCCGCUGGAGUGUGGGCGCAGGCAUUGUGUGGCCCACUCGUAUUGGCAAGCUGGAGCUUAACGUGUGCCAAGUGCUUGCUCGACAACCCUUUGAUCAGGCUCGUGUUGGUUUGCAGUUUGGCUUUGUGCCCCCGACUUGAUGAUGCAUGGAUACUGAUCAUAGCACAUGCAUUGUUUAACACAUAUCUUGAU